CUUUCUAUAUUCUCUGUUUCUAACUUUUUAGUCCACGUUGAAUUAUUAGUCAUAUCAUCAUUUAAGAAAAAAUAAACAUCACAUUACAUAGCACUCAGCAUUGUCGCUUUGAAGCUCUUUUUGAAAUAAAAAAAAUGCAACUAUGGAUGAUUUUUCUACUGUGUGCAUCAUAUGUUUUUAGCACCAACGCCUUAGAGUGCUAUGUCUGCACAAACCAGGAAGGGAACAUUGAAAAAUGUUUGAAUACAAUAAAGACUUGUGAGCAAGAGCAAGACGCCUGUUUAACAGAAAUUGCUUGGGGAAGUACGCCUUAUUGGAAUCAAGGUGCUAAGAAACAAUUUUAUGUUUCUAAGCGAUGUGCAAGAAAAAGGGAGUGCGAGCAAAUUAGAAAAGUCAAUAUGCCGGAUUGCACACAUAUUUGGUAUCAGGACUGGAAGUGUUCUGAAUGCUGUCAAGGAGACAGGUGUAAUUAUUAUGUGAUUCUACACAGGCAGCGAAAGAUGCACAUGAUGAAUCUUUAUCGAGCCUUUAGCCGGAAAAAACCAAUAGAAGGAUCGCGAGAAUCAUCGUUAACACGAUGUCUUUCGACCUUAGAUCUCACAGCUUUGGGCAUUGGCUCGACACUUGGAGUUGGUGUCUACGUUCUUGCCGGCUCGGUUUCGAAGAACAUGGCUGGGCCAGCUGUUAUCGUAUCUUUCGCCAUCGCUGCGAUCGCGUCUAUGAUUGCAGGUCUAUGCUAUGCGGAAUUCGGAGCAAGAGUGCCUCGGGCAGGUUCGGCAUACGUCUACAGCUACGUGACAAUGGGCGAAUUCGUGGCGUUUCUGAUCGGCUGGACUCUUAUCCUUGAGUACGUGAUCGGCUCGGCUAGCGUGGUUCGAGGUCUCAGUACUUACGUCGAUGCGAUAUUCAACAAUUCCAUGAGAAAUGCCUUUGAGUCCGCGGCACCUAUCGAUAUAUCUCAUCUGUCGUCGUAUCCGGACUUUUUUGCCUUUGCCGUGACACUUGCAUUCUCCGCUGCUCUCGCUUUUGGGGCCAAGGAAUCAUCGAUGGUAAACAAUUUGUUUACCUUUACUAAUCUCUCAGUGGUGCUGUUUGUCGUGAUAGUUGGAGCUUUCAAAGCUGAUAUCAGCAAUUGGAAACUACACCCAAGCUGCAGCAAAAACGAUUGUUCAAAAGGAACCGGAGGCUUCAUGCCUUACGGUAUAUCGGGUGUAAUAACAGGCGCAGCCACAUGUUUUUAUGGAUUCAUCGGGUUCGACUGUGUGGCUACAACAGGCGAAGAGGCCAAAAAUCCACAAAGGAGUAUCCCAAUAGCUAUCAUAGCAUCGCUUACCGUCGUUUUUUUCGCUUAUUUUGGAGUAUCCAGUGUCUUGACAACUGUAUUGCCAUAUUACGAGCAGAAUCCUGAUGCACCCUUUCCUCACAUGUUCGAUAAAAUAGGAUGGACUUGGGCUCGUUACGUCGUUACCGCUGGGGCUAUCUGCGGUUUAUGCGCAAGUUUGCUUGGCUCUAUGUUCCCGUUACCCCGAGUCAUCUAUGCGAUGGCAUCCGAUGGUUUGAUCUUCAAGUGGAUGGGUAAAGUUAGCUCGCGAUUCCAUACACCACUUAUGGGUACACUAUCAGCUGGAUUAUUAACAGGCCUUUUAGCAGCAGUUUUUGAACUUAGCCAGCUUAUCAACAUGAUGAGCAUAGGUACUCUUUUAGCUUACUCUAUCGUAGCUGCGUGUGUACUUAUUUUAAGGUAUGAAGAAAGCAAAUCUUAUGAAAAACAAGAUGACAUAGAGUCAUAUUCAGUACUAUCAAUUAUGAAACAACUUUUUAACUUAAAAAGACUGAGCUAUCCGACGAAGCUUACGUCAAAAAUAGUAACUACAUUAGUAUUCACUUACUGUAUUUUUUGCAUCUGUUUAGCUGCAAUCUUUUCAGCAUACUCGAAAGAAAUCGCAGAUGGCAACUUAAUAUUUCUUAUACCUACGGUAUUGUUUUCUUUAGUAUUAAUUUUAAUUCUAUUUUGUAUAUAUACGCAACCCAAUUGUGAUAAGAAACUAAGUUUUUCGGUCCCAUGUAUUCCAUUUGUACCAGGUUUGAGUAUACUGAUCAAUAUUUACCUUAUGAUGAUGCUAGACGUUAUGACGUGGGUACGAUUUGGAAUAUGGAUGGUUGUCGGAUUAGGUAUCUACUUUUUUUACGGAGUAUGGAAUAGCACAAUACGAGUAAAAAAUUGUGAGUCCUAAUAACUGAAAUUAUGACGAUGUACUUAAAUGAAUUUAAGGAUUUGAUAUUAAAUUGUUUUUAAAACUUAAAUGAAAUAUUUUUUUCAUAAAUGCAGAAUUGCACAUGUAAACAAAUACUCGACAUCCUUAUAACAUUGUUAAUUAUA